AUGGCAGACUUGGAUCUUGACUCGUCCUUUAUUCCGGCCUUGUACAAACCUGCCGCUCUGCUUCCCAUUACGAAGCACCGUGAAAGCCUCCUCUAUCUCAUUGAGACCCAUCCUGUCACCAUCGUCGUUGGUCAGACUGGCUCCGGGAAGACAACGCAGAUACCCCAAUUCCUCGAGAAAGCUGGCUGGUGCGCAGGCGGGAAGAUCAUAGCUGUCACUCAACCGCGACGUGUUGCUGCGACCACGGUUGCUCUACGAGUUGCAGAAGAAAUUGGGUGCGAAAUUGGAAAGGAAGUCGGAUACUCAAUACGCUUUGAGGAUGUGACGUCUGCCUCGACGCGCAUCAAAUUCCUAACCGAUGGCCUUCUCAUUCGGGAGGCAUUGGUCGAUCCCCUUCUUUCACGAUACUCUGUGAUUAUGGUGGACGAAGCCCAUGAAAGAUCAAUCAGCUCUGACAUUUUACUGGGUCUUCUGAAGAAGAUCCGUAAGAGAAGGCCGGAGUUGAGAAUUGUUGUCAGCAGUGCGACCCUCCAGGCCGAUCAGUUCCUCCGCUUUUUCACCGAAGAUGGUGGGUACGAAGGGCCCCCUGGCGGAGAUGCUGGGGCAAUAGGGUCUAUCAUCAGCCUCGAGGGCAGGACAUAUCCUAUUGAUGUCCUUUACUUGGCAUCUCCUGCCGAAGACUACGUGGAGAAGGCGGUGUCAACGGUAUUUGACAUACACACCACAGAGCCCAAAGGGGACAUACUUGUCUUCCUUACCGGGAGGGAAGUAAUCGACUCCGCUAUCGAGGCGGUAUCGGAACGGGUUUCACGGCUGCCUCCCAAGUCUCAGGCGUUAUUACCACUGCCUCUGUACGCUGGCCUAUCGACAGAGCAGCAGAUGUACGUCUUUGACGAAGCACCGGAAAAUACCAGGAAGGUUAUAUUCUCGACGAACAUUUCCGAAGCCUCCGUCACCAUAAACGGUAUCGUCUAUGUUGUGGACUGUGGGUUUGUCAAGUUGCGGACUUACGACCCGAAAACCGGCAUUGAGACAUUGACAGCAACGCCAGUGUCCAAGGCCUCAGCAGCGCAAAGGGCUGGACGAGCCGGACGAACCCAGCCAGGAAAGUGUUUCCGACUCUACACCGAGGACGCGUUUCAGUCUCUCCCUGAGGCCAAUGUCCCGGAAAUCCAGCGAUCGAACCUAGCUCCGUUUAUCCUGCAACUCAAGGCACUCGGAAUCGACAAUGUUCUCCGCUUUGACUUUCUCACGCCGCCACCCGCAGAGUUGAUGGUGAAGGCUCUGGAGCUCCUGUACUCGCUCGGCGCACUGGAUGAGUAUGCCAAGUUGACGAGGCCUCUCGGGAUGAGGAUGGCAGAGCUGGCUGUGGAGCCGAUGAUGGCAAAGGCUCUCCUCUCUGCCCCAGGCUUCGGCUGUUUGAGCGAAGUUCUUACAAUCGCUGCGAUGACGAGCCUAGGGGGGAAUGUGUGGGUCCAGCACGACGGCGAGAAGAGGAAAACGGAGAGCUCGAAAAGGAAGUUCGCGGCCGAGGAAGGCGACCACCUCACGUUGCUCAACGUCUACCAGGCAUUUGUGACCAAGGGUCGCAAAGAGUCACGAUUUUGCAGGGACAAUUCCCUGAAUUUCAAAGCCCUGACCCGGGCUGUCAGCAUAAGAACACAGCUCAAGCGCUAUCUAGAGCGAUUCGGCGUCAUCGUAGACGAGUCUCUGACAGCCCCGCCAGCGGAGAACAAGGCCGAGCAGAUACGACGAUGCUUGACUACGGGCUAUUUUGCACACGCCGCGAGGAUGCAACCAGAUGGGACCUUCCGCAACGUUUCAGGGGACACCGUCCUCCACGCUCACCCGAGCUCACUGAUGUUCAACCGGAGAGCUGACUGGGUGAUCUUCCAUGAGGUCUUCGACACUGGCAGCAAGAUCUUUGUCCGAGACAUCAGCAAAAUCGAAAAGAAUUGGCUCCUGCAAUACGCUCCGGACUUCUAUCAGACCAAGUCUGGAUGA